AUGGAUCCAUGGAAUUUCAUGGGCAUGGGUACGUGCAAGUACUUUUCCACCUGGGAAGUUGGGAGCUUGAAAGGCCAGUGCAUGCGCUGGAUGGAGCGCUGGUUGGAAGCAGCUAUGUCUACUCUGCCUGGUCGCGAUCAUACGUCCAGAUCCACUCCCUCCUUAGAUGGCAAAGGGGGUACAGAUUCAGUGUCUCAAGACGGAAAGCCAACGAAAAGGACAGGUCCUAACUACGUAUAUUACCGUCUGUACACCAAACUCGGUGCAUUCGAAUCAAUCCACCCCCUCUACCACAACGACCGUCUCAUUGGCCGCAUUCCGUCGAAAUCCUUUGCCCCUCCUCAUUCCGUGGCAUCUAUCAAGUGGUCCCUAUGCAAACUUGAGGGCCUGUCGGAGCCCGACAAGGCGCUCCUCUUCACACCGCUCUCAAGCCCAGCACCCAAAGAAGCCUCUGCCUGCCUCUCUUUGAGCGCCCCUUCUGGCCCAGGCCUGUCUGAACAAGACCCGAUUGCAUUGGUUGUCAAGUCGGAGAAGAGGACUGAGGAGAUCUUGCAAUCAGAGGAACUGCUGGAAUGCUCUGAUGAUCCUGAUGUCCACUACAGCAAGUCUUGGCGCAUCAACACCCUCUUCAUCGCUCCCCCUCACACUGCCGGAUCUUUGAAAGCAUGCAUCGUGAAAGUCGAAGGCCUUGUAACGCCGGGCCAUGCACUCUACAAGGAUAUGGAACUCUUCCAAGACACGGAUAGUGAUGCUGCCAUGAAUGACACCGAUGUCAUAUCCUUCCAAGGUGACACUUAUCCGGGUAGUGAUCAAGGCAAUCCCGUAGCCCUUGUCAAUGCAACCGCCAAUACAGCAGCUGACCAAAAGGCUAAACUUACACCAGGUAAAGUUCUCAGUGAAUAUCCACUAGACAUUGCGACAACAAACCGUGCUUUUUCAGAUGGACCAGAUUCAAAAUUCACGAAACGUGCUCGGUUGACUGGUACUUACACGAUGAGAUCGUUUACUCGGAUGGAGGUGAAAAAGGCUUUGUGGGGUAUCCCGCACAAUGUCAAUGACAAAAAUGGUCACAACGGCGACGAUGGCACAGCCACAGACAUGCACACUUGA